AUGGACUCUUGGCGUAAUAUCAGUUUAUUUUUACAACAAGAUUUAAUCCUGAGUAUAUGGACACCAAUCUACAGCUUAUUCAAUGAAGAUGAUCGUAAGACGUUUCUUACAACCAUUGUUAUCGUGUCGUUUGGUUGUUUCUGGGGACUCAAUGGUUUCUUUCUGUUUGUCGAUAUCACCGGGAAACCAUCUUUCGUUUUAAAGUAUAAAAUACAACGUAACAAAAACGUACCGGUUGAUCUGAAAGACGUUUAUCGAGCACUUCCGCUUGUAACUAUUAACCAGAUUGUUGUGACUUUGCCCUCAUUUUACGCCUGGUUCUACGCCGCUAGAUGGCGUGGUUGUAGUUGUGGUUAUGAUGUCCCAACGCUAUGGGAAAUUGGCCGCGAUGUUGCCGUGGCACAAUUGAUCCAAGAAUUUGUUUUUUAUUAUUCUCACAGAUUAUGGCAUCACCCAUUGUUUUACAAAAAAAUCCACAAAGUGCAUCAUGAAUGGACAUCUCCCAUUUCUAUUACUUCCGUUUACCUGCAUCCAUUGGAAUAUUUCGUUUCCGGAGUGCUGGCCUUCAUUAUUGGUCCCCUGCUGAUGAAGUCCCAUUUGUUGACAACUCUGAUCUGGUUGUACAUCGCUUUACUUCUAACUAAUAUUCACCACUGUGGUUAUCAUUUGCCAUUAUUUCCGUCUCCCGAAUUUCACGACUUCCACCACCUGAAAUUCAAUACAUGUUAUGGGGCCGUGCUAAAUAUCUUUGAUUGGAUCCAUGGAACUGAUGAGUUAUUCCGCCAAACGAAAUCAUACCAACGACACAAAACGUUCUUUAGCCUCACUCCACUAUCAGAAUCAAUACCAGAUAAAUGA